CGCUGCCACGUCAAGUAGAAAUUUGUGAACGUGAAUGAAGUCGCGAAUUCGGCAUUUAGUUUAGUUCCGUCUUCCGAGUGCGAUUUAUUAGUUGUUAUAAAUUAGUUCUAGCAGAAAGAUGCGUGUUAUAUUCCUUUCGCUAGCGAUAGCCCUUUUGGGUACCGCACUCGGAGACGAUAUUCCAACAGAAGAAAAUGUAUUAGUUCUUUCAAAGUCCAAUUUUGAUUCUGUUGUAUCUUCCACCGACUACAUCCUUGUGGAAUUCUAUGCCCCGUGGUGCGGUCACUGCAAGUCGCUCGCGCCGGAGUACGCUAAAGCCGCCACAAAAUUAUUGGAAGAAGAAUCUCCCAUUAAGCUGGCUAAAGUUGACGCCACCCAGGAGCAAGAUUUGGCUGAACUAUACAAAGUCAAGGGAUACCCGACUUUAAUUUUCUUCAAGAACGGAAACCCCAUCGACUACUCGGGUGGCCGUCAAGCUGAUGACAUUAUCACAUGGUUGAAGAAGAAGACUGGUCCUCCAGCUGUUGAAGUUGCUUCUGCUGAGCAAGCCAAGGAGCUGAUUGGCGCCAACACUGUCAUUGUCUUCGGUUUCUUCCCAGACCAGAGCACCGAGAAAGCAAAGGCGUUCCUUAACAUUGCUAGCCUGGUUGACGACCAAGUGUUUGCUAUUGUUACCGACGAGAAGGUCAUCGAAGAACUUGAAGCUUCACCUGAGGAUGUUGUCUUAUACAAAAACUUUGAAGACCCCAAGGUCAAAUAUGAUGCUGAAGCCUUCAACGAGGACCUUUUUAAGACCUGGGUGUUUGUACAAAGCAUGCCGACCAUCGUGGAGUUCUCCCACGAGACUGCCUCCAAGAUAUUCGGUGGACAGAUCAAAUACCACCUGCUGCUGUUCCUGUCCAAGAAAGGCGGUCACUUCGAGAAGUACCUGGAUGAGCUGAAGCCGGUCGCUAAGAACUACCGCGACAGGAUCAUGAGUGUCGCCAUCGACACCGACCAGGACGACCACCAGAGGAUCCUGGAGUUCUUCGGCAUGAAGAAGGAGGAGGUGCCGUCAGCCCGUCUCAUCGCGUUGGAACAGGACAUGGCCAAGUAUAAGCCCGAGAGCGACGAGCUAUCCGCGAACACCGUUGAGGAAUUCAUCCAGGCCUUCUUCGCUGGUACCCUGAAGCAGCACCUGCUGUCGGAGGAAGUGCCGGAGGACUGGUCCGCCAAACCCGUGAAGGUGCUCGUCGCCAAGAACUUUGACGAGGUCGUCUUCGACACCAACAAGAAGGUUCUCGUCGAGUUCUAUGCCCCAUGGUGCGGCCACUGCAAGCAGCUCGCCCCGAUCUACGACAAGCUGGGAGAACACUUCGAGAAGGACGACGACGUGGUGAUCGCCAAGAUCGAUGCCACCGCCAACGAGCUGGAGCACACCAAGAUCACCUCCUUCCCCACCAUCAAGUUAUACCUCAAGGACAACCAGGUCCGUGACUACAACGGUGAGCGCACCCUGGCCGGCCUCACCAAGUUCGUGGAGAGCGACGGUGAGGGCGCCGAGCCCCUGCCCAUCAUGACGGAAGAAGAAGAAGGAGACGAUGACGCGGCGCCGCGCGACGAGUUAUAAGCGCGCAAACACGUCGUCACACACGUCAGCGCACUCUCGACUGUCUGUAGUUAACAUAAGGUUGUUUUUCCCUCGCGUUGGGGCGUACACGCAACAAUUGUACAAACAUUAACAUUCGCAGCUGAGUUCAUUUUGAUAUUUUUGUAUUCCAACAUUUCCGAUUGCCGCAAUUAUUAUUUUAGAUCUCUUAUGAGUUUUUUUAAAGUUAAAUAGAUACAUAAUUUAUUUUGUAUGGACAACGUAGGCUUACGCUGUGUAUUUAUUAUUUCUGUAUCAAUGAUAUUUUUAACAUUCCCAAUGGGUACGAACAAUGAACUGAACUAAGCUGAACUCGGUUUAUACAGUUGUUAAAUAAUCUUAAGCUUAACUUCCAUAUUACCAAUGCCUGUAAGU